CCUGGUCACGCUCUACUCGUCAUAAGAUGUGCCUUCGCUGACUCUCGACUCGUCUUUGUCAUUACAGUGACAAUGAUAGAUGCAGAAGCAGUGGCAGGUGGAAUUGCUCAGUUACCAUGCGACGUGGAUCCUCCGGUCUCUGGGGACAAGCUACACCUAGUUAUUUGGUACAAGGAGGAGGCUGACGCACCGAUAUACAGUUUCGACACAAGGGGGCAGAGCAACCUUGAACAAGGAAAACACUGGCAGAAUAACAGCCUCGGCAAACGUGCCUUCUUCAGAUACACGGAGCAUCCCGCAAAACUCACCCUCGAGGACGUCCGUGAGAGCGACGCGGCCGUUUACAGAUGCAGGGUCGAUUUCAAGCAGUCGCCGACCAGAAACAGUAAAGUCAAUCUCACGGUGAUCAUACCGCCGGAGCAGCUUAGUAUAUUGGACGAAGAUGGAAGGUCUCAUAUACCGCACUAUAUCCUGGGCCCAUAUAGCGAGGGUGCCUCCCUGAAUAUUACCUGCGUCGCUGCUGGUGGUCGACCGCAACCUCGAGUGACGUGGUGGCAGGAAAACGCUCUUCUCGACGACACCUACGAAACUGUUGGCACCAAAAGGGUCCGCAACGUGUUGCGAUUGGAAAAAGUGGGCCGUGAACAUUUGAACGCUGUUUUAACUUGUCAAGCCUCGAACAACAACAUGGUGGCACCUAUAUCGAGUUCUGUUACAUUGGACAUGAAUUUGAAGCCAUUGUGGGUCCGCAUGCAAGGAGAAAACCGUCCAUUCAGUGCUGGCACCACGUACGAGAUCAGUUGCGAAGUCGUUGGGGCUAGACCGACCCCAAAGAUCACAUGGUCGAAAGGGAGUACUGUGCUCAGGAACGCUAGACAAACGAUGAGCCCCGACAACAACGUCACCACGAGCGUUCUCACCUUCGUGCCGAGUAUCGAGGAUGCCGGCAAGUUCCUAUCCUGUCAUGGCAGCGUGCCGGAUAUCCCGGAUUCCGAGAUGGAGGAUGGAUGGAAGCUCGACAUACACCACGAACCAGUGGUGACACUAGAGCUCGGCAGCAAUUUGAAUCUGAGCGCGAUCCGCGAGGGUAUCGACGUGUACUUCGAGUGCAACAUCAAAUCGAAUCCGUGGGUCUACAAGGUCUCCUGGCGGCACAACGGCAAUACGUUGUUCCAUAAUCCGGCUACGGGAACAAUAAUCAGCAAUCAAAGCCUGGUAUUGCAAAGCGUGACUCGCAGCAGAGCCGGGAUGUAUACUUGCAUCGGUAGCAAUCAGGAAGGCGACGGUGAGAGCAACCCCCUGAAUCUGGACAUCAAAUUUACACCCGUCUGUCACCACGGCCAGGGUAAGGUUUUCGGCGUGGCUCGACAGGAGACCGCAAGGAUACCAUGCGAACUCGAAGCUAAUCCACCGGAAGUAACGUUCACUUGGAAGUUCAAUAACACGAUGGAAGCGGUCGACAUACCUCAAGCACACGUCACCAGUGAACGAACGCGUUCCACCGCUUCUUACACGCCCAUGACGGAAUUGGACUAUGGUACUCUUCUUUGUUGGGGUACCAACGAUCAGGGGACGCAACUCGAACCCUGUGUAUACCACAUCGUGCCUGCUGGUCACCCGGACACGCCGCACAAUUGUUCCCUGCUGAACCAGACGACGGAGUCGUUGUACGUGGAGUGCACGGAGGGUUUCGACGGCGGUUUGUCGCAGAAAUUCACGAUCCAGGUGGACCGAGAGGCGGGAACCGGUAGCUCGUCCUCGAAACCGACCGGCACCGUGUACAACCAGACAAGCAAAGUUCCGUCGUUCUCGGUGGGCAAUCUCGAGCCAGGCACCACUUACGAGGUGUACGUGUACGCGAGUAACAGCAAGGGUCGCAGCGAGACGGUCCAUUUCCGUGCCACCACACUGAACCUGCCCGAAAGACGCACAGCAGGUGAGAGGCUGGCGAAACCUCUGCCCCCGGAGAAUUGCACGAUCAUGGAAGAGAGUCGGACAACGGUGAGGGUGAGCUGCGCCGAGAGCGAGUACGUCGACCCUCGCACUGCCACCUAUGUACUGCAGGUGUUCGACGCCGACACCAAUCGUCUACUGGGUUCCACGAGUAGCAUGACGCCUAGCUUGUUCGAGAUCACGAAUCUUCCCGAGCAGAGGAGUUACUCCGGUCUGGUGCUGUCACUCAGGACAAUUACGGAGAACGCGAUGAGCGACGCCACGUUUCUUCACAGCCCGCACUAUGUUCAGGAGGGUAAGACACAGGAGCAUCAACGACACCCAGCCCUCACACCGGUGAUGCUGUCGCUGUCCGGGCCAUUGUUGGGCGCGGUGGUCGGCGCGACAGCGGGUCUUCUACUGGUGAUCUUCAUGAUAGUCCUGGCGGUGAGAUUACGGUAUCGACCGAGGCCUCAGGAGGACAAGGACUCUCAUGACGACGGUGGCAUGGCAAACCUGGCUGCGUCCGGAACCGGCAGUUCCUCUCCACGUGAUAAAUCGUCGACCCUGCCUCUCAACUCCGACAGCAUCGAGAGCUUCGAGAAGGACCCUGAUAUAAUUCCUCACGCUAAUGAAAAUUCUUACGCCGAGCUGUGCAAGGGCACUUCACCCCGCUACGUGCUGCACCAGCCACGAACGGACGCCAGUACCUUCACCACCACCAACAACGGAUCAGAGCUAACGUACGCCGAGCUGUCGCUUCGGGGCAACCGACGAAUACCUCCUAAUUGUUAUCAGCCGGUACAGGUAUCCAAUAUCCAGCGGCCUCAACUGCUGGCCAUGUCGACUCUGACGCGUAGGCAACCAAUCCAGGAACCAACGAUUUACGCGCAAGUCGCCAGUCAUUCUAAGCCGAUUUAUGUGCCGCCCCCACAUCCGUACAUGAAUCGCAGCGGCGACGAAACCACGGCAGAAACUCCAUUAAUCGGACACGACAAUAAGAUCACCACGAUCAGUCAAUCGGGUAAUUCAAUAUGGCGCACCGACACGCCGCCAGUUUCGAACACGCCAACGACAUGAUUUUAAAAAGCUCUUCAAUCGAUGUCAGAUUUCGCUCUUACAUGUUUCUCGACUCAUCCGUUGCUAAAAAAGUUAAACUCUUUAUAAUAAGGAAGAGGAGGAAAAAGAGAACGCUUCGUUGUGCGGGACAACGUUACCGAUUAAACUUUCUCUUUACGAAUGUUACGAAAAUUAAACGGAGAACGAUGAAAGUAAUUUAACAAAAAAUAAAAAAAAUGAAAAGAAAUGUUCGCGCGAAAUAUAGUACGAGUAUAUAUUAUAAAUAUGCUUUCCGAAUGAUUUGUGAUAGAGUUCGAUCUCUCGAACCGCGAGGUGUCGCGACAUCGAUUGUUCGUGUAGGAAAAAUUGUUCUGUUUCGCGGGUAAAACGACCGAUAGCGCAGCGAUCGGCAUGGUCCUGGAUAUCGAACAGCGUCAAAUUAACGGACCCCUUUCAGCCGUCCGUAACGAAAAAUAAAAAUGAAACAAGAUCUCGAGAGAUUGCAAAAUUAAGUGCCGCGAUUCAUCGACACGAUCGAUAAUUACGAUUCCGUUGCACGUUUUAGUUCGUAAGUGUAUAGGUGCGCGGAGCAGAAGUGAAGAUUCGAGUGCGCAUGCGCGGGCCUUAUUAGACUAUAUAUGUGACGCACGCUGCCGGCCCGCUUUAGUUCGGCCGCGUCUCGUGGCAAGAUAACAUCGUUGUGGUGUUCAGUUUGCCACUGCGGAGAUGAGCGCUGGUGUAACUAGAUUAUUUUGCUUAUUUACUAGAUUUAUUAAUGGAAAUUUGGAGUUUGCUGUAUUUGGAAAUUUAUGAAUGCAGGUUUGAAAAAUUGCAUCUUUUGAAUUUGGGAGAUUUAGGAAGCUGGGCAUUUAGGGACUCAGGGAUUUGGAAAUUUAAUGAUUCGAAAAUAUUGUUACUUGGGAUUUGGAAAUUUAGAAAUGUGGAAAGUUAGGAAUUUGUGUCUUUGAAAAUUUCUAACUUUUCUACACUCCAUCCCAGCCUAGUUACACCAACGCAAAUGGCUCUAGUUAAUAAAAAAUGUAUUAUAACGUGUCCCUACCUUGUUUUUAAUUGAAUUAACAAUAAAUUUCUUUCCACAAAAAUUACACCGAGCUUCACUUCCGCUCGGUAAAGCUAUAACGCGGUUGUUCGACGAUGCCCUGAAGUACAAUCAAUGACGGCGAAUCUUUAAUUGUUUUCGUUCAGUAUUAUGUUUGACGAAGUGUAAUUGUAGAGGUACGAUAGAAUUACGGCGGUAUUGUAUACACAUAUUAUUAAGCGUGCAUCGAAACUCGACACAUUACAACGUGUUUUUUCAGCAGCUUAAUUAUUUAUUGUUGGACAGAAAUGGCGGGAAAUUUCUAUGUACAGAUUUAGAUAAAUGCGGUGUUAUUAUAACAAUGUUAUUUAAUCGUGGAUAGAAUUUAAAUGAGAAGGGAAAAAAAUGACACAAAUUUGACGAUUUUCGAGAUAUGUAAUAUAUACGAGUCUGUUGGUUAUCUUAAACUCAUUCUGUAUGUAUGUACGGUCGUUGCUCAGUUCGAAAGCUUUAACCGUCCUGAGGGAGGAAAUGAUUCUUUUUUUUUCUUGAACGGAAUAGUUACCCGCUACUUAUGUAAUCUUUAUUUAGCCUAGAGCGUUUAAGUUAGAAUGUUGGUAAGGUGAUCGUGUGGAAAGGAGGGAAAGGAUUUGAUCCUUUUAGUUCUCUUUUCUUUAGAAUUGUUAGAACAGGGAUUUUCAAAUCUUUUUGGGUCGAGAUUCACUUUUGGAGGUGGUAAUUUUGAUCCAUUGUAAUUUCUUACUUUUGUAAGUCCAAACACUCAGAUUUCUAAUUGUCCCAGAUCCCAAAGUUGCAGAAUCUAGCCUCUAAAUUUCUGAAGUUGGUCCUGAAAUUAUGAAGUCCCUAAUUAUCAGAUUUCCAAUUUUGAAAGAUUCCAAAGUUAUAAAAUCCUAAACUGAUAAAUUGCUAAAGUGACUUGGUCCCAGCGUUGCAAAGUCCCAAAUUAUCAGAUCUCCCAAACUUGCAGAGUCCUAAACUUCACAGUCCACAAGUGAAUCAAGAGCCACUCUUUGAUGAUCCCUGUGUUAGAGUUUUAUACGUAGAAGCUCUAUUGCAACCAAAGUAUCAGUUUUUUAAUAACAAAGUUUACAUUAACGCAUUGAACAAUAUUUUAUAUACUUACUACUUUACACUAGUUUUACUACUAUGUUUAUAUUAAUUACUAAUUUCACUAAUAUUAGUCUAAAUAAUGAUUUGGCUUAUAAGAUGCUUAUUAACUCUUUAUUUUCCAUAUGUAUUAUAGGGGAAAAGUGGUAGUUAAAGAUAUGAUCACCCUACGUUAUAGACAGGUUGCCUGCUAGAGGAUUGCACGUUUGAAGAAGAAGAACGACGAAUCGUGACGAGAAUAGAAUUCACGAACGCUUCGUCGUGUUUCGUGCGGAAACGGAAGACUGAGAAUAGGAAAAUGGAAAAAGGAAGAAGUGUGCAAAGUUUAUAUUACGUAAUACGUGCCAUACCAUUGCAGUGCCAUUGCACUGUGCAUCGAAGUAAUUGGGGAUUGUUGCAGAAUAUAGCAUGCUCGUACGGAUCUUAUUCCAGCUUGUAAUUUUGCUUUCUUUUAAUUCUAGUAAGCCGCAGUUUGGUCACAGAGUUUUGUCUAUUAUACACAUUCCAUUGUACAUUAGAUUUAAGUUUCCUUUCAUCGAAUAUUGAGAAACAGAAUCAGCUUUGAAGAAUAAUGUAAAAAGAGCUCCAAACUUGUAGAUUUCUAAAGUUGAUUAAUUUCUAACUUGUCAAAUUUAAAAACUUGAAAGUUUACGUAUUAACUUGAAUGUUUACGUAGCAACUUGAAAGUUUACGUAGUAACUUGCAACUUUCUAAAUUUGAGAAUUUGCGUGAUUGAAAAUUUACAAAUUUCUAAAUUUGAGAAUUCCAAAGUUUGUACAUUUGAAAAAUUCCGAAUUUCUAAAUUUAAAAAUUUGAAAAUUUCCAGAAAUCUGAAGAUUGGUUGCUGUAUUUUGUUUGAGGAAGCUCGCCAUCGAGUCGUGCAACACUUCGUUGAAAACGAUUCGAGUUAACGAAUGGUCGUUUGUACGGAUAAACCGAAUUCGAAUAUUUUUAAGCUCGCGUUUCUUGCAAACGACUAUCGAUACUGUAGUUCUAACAUACCAUUACUGUUACUUUAAUAAACGACACCUACGUCUACCUAUGUCCCUGGCAUCCAGUUACGAAGUUUCUUCCAUUCGAUCGAUUCUGAAUUUUCUCGAUAAGCUCGAUUCACGAUAUGAAUUUUAUACCACUUUUUAUAAAUCGAAAGUUCUAGCCAAUGUUGUACGAAACGACAAGCGUUCACGGACAUUUUACGGUUACAUACGAUGUUUAAUCUCUAUCUCCGCGUGAUCGUUUCCCGAGAUAGCGUGUAAUUAAUGUGAAAUACCGAAUGUUCGAAAGUCGAACGGUUCGCGAACGAACUGUUUGCCGGCGAAAUUUUUCUUAAUGAUCACGAACUAAUCAGGGUUUUUCGAGUAAGUACACGAACGAAAAUUUACACUUUCGAAUGUUCUUUAAGGCUAUCAAAUUGUUCGCACAUACGAAAUAGAAAUACAAGAUUGAAUUAUAUACCAGUGUGAAAAUGAAUGCGACGUAGAAGAAACGAUGGAAAUACGAUUUAGAAAAAAAAGAUGAAACAAGAUAUAAGCGAGGAGAGAGAGGAAAAAAAAAUAGGGAAAGAUGGAGAAAUAUUCAGUAUUUUGUCAAAAACUUAUAUUACCAGUGUAACAAAAGACUUUGAUAUAUUGUUAGUAUGCGUUGUAGGUAUUACAGAAUGAAUUUAAAUAUAAAUAUACACGAUACAAGCAUACGCAUCUUAUAAAUGUGUGUAUGUGUAAGAGAUAAUUAAGAUCUUAUAAUUUUAAAUGACUUUUAAUAUAGGUUUACUUGUGUAAAAUAAGAAACAAAAAUAAUUGUGCUCAAUAAAUUUCAAUAAAUAACGAUUUUGCCUAUGCCAAUAACGAUUAUUAUUGUAAUUAUUUUUGUAUAGAGACGUAAGAUGAUAUUAUCUGAUUAUUAUUAUAAAUACAUUAUACAUAUACAUAUAUUAGGAAUUACAGCAUAUGUGUAAUAAAAGUAU